CUGUGCAUGAUUUCCCAACCACAGCAAUGGGAACAGUAUUAUGUGGGGGACCACUUAGCUGCUGGUAACCCCUACAUGCUACCGAUGCGGCAGACUGAGAUCGGCCAUGAUUAUCAUCGAAUUGCUCCUGCUAUGAUUGCCAUAACUCCUAAUACUGUGCCAAAUUCUCUUGCCCCUGCUGUUCAUGAACCAAUUGAAGCUGGAUGUCUUCCUUCAUCUCAUAGAAGAAGACGUAGUGGUUCAUAUUCGGAAGUUCCUGCUGAAAAGGCUCCUGCAGCUGCUGCGGUUGCACGACGUUCUGGAAUCACUUGGGAAACUAUGACUGAUGAAGAACGAGAGGAAGCACAACGUAUCAGGAGAUUGUAUGGCUUUAGAAAAGAAGAAGCAUUCAAAACAGCUCUUUGUGAUGCUUACAAAAAAAACGAAGCUUGUCCUUAUGGAGAAAGCUGUCGUUUUGCUCAUGGAGAGAAUGAGCUUCGACUUCCUGCGCAACCUCGUGGAAAAGCCCAUCCAAAGUAUAAAACCCAAUUGUGUGAUAAAUAUUCCGCUCAAGGACACUGUCCAUAUGGUCCACGAUGCCAAUUUAUUCAUAAGCUCAAAAAGGGACUGCCUUUGUUGGAUUAUGAAACAUUGCUGGCUCAAGGUCGUAUAUCACCAGCUAGGGAAGAUGAAAUUACUAACGGCGAUAACUUCUCUGUUCCUAGAAGAUAUAUUCCUAGCCCAUCAAAACGGAAUAGCGGCUCGGGUAGCUCAAGAAGACUUUCUUAUGAUUCUGGAAACGGUAGAAUGAACGGAAGUCACGAAAAUAGAACUGAUGCUCCUGUUUACCCUAAGAUGCAAGUCAUAAACAUCGAGAAAGCUUAUCAAUCAUCUGAUCAUGCGAAACCCAGAGAUGGAAGAAGCCGUAGACGAUCUUGCGUCACUGUUGAUGACAUGGAUCAUGAUUUCAAAGUUAUUGAUGGAAAUUCUAUGGGUCAAAGGACAGCUUCAAUGAUGUCACUUACUUACCGCGGUUCUACUGAAAACUUAACAUAUGCGGGUAGAGGAAAAAAUCAACGCUCUCCUGAUUUAUCAGCCAUCAAGGAGGAAGGGGAAGAAAACAUUGAUAGAUUCAGUUCCAUGUCUGUGAGAGGAUUAACCAAAAGAGAAGCAAAUAAUCCCAAUCAUUGGUCCGAAAUGAUUUUCGGACGACGUAUGGAUGUAAUUAACGAAGAUGAUAAGGAGCAACAUACUGGAAGCGGUUCGAACGCCACUGAUACCGCAUUCUUCAGUGAAAGCUGUGAUGAAGAACUUCUUGCCCAAGGACUGUAUAAUAAACGCUAUCCUGAUGCAUCAGUAGAAAAACUGAAGCAAUGGAAAAAUAACAAUUGCUAG